AUGAAAAACAUAGAUUCCAUCAAAGGUUGCAGAAUAGAUGAGAACCACUUCGACUUAGAAAAGUAUAGCACAUUUUAUUGCAAACAAGAUGUAAGAAUUUUAAGAGAAGGUUUUGUUAAGUUCCGCAAUGACAUAUUGAAAGAGUUUGAUUUAAACGUAUAUGACUACGUUAGUAUUUGUUCUAUUGCUAACAAAUUGUUUGAGAACAGAGUGUACUUCCCGAAUGGAAAUUUAUAUGACCUCUCAAAUAAACCAAGAGAAUUUAUUUCACGCUGUAUUCAAGGUGGAAGAUGUAUGCUGUCAGAUAACAUGAAACAAAAGAGCGAAAAGAAACUCAUUGCUGACUUCGACGCUGUUUCAUUAUAUCCAUCAGCUAUAGCAAGACUUUAUACUUUAGAAGGAAUUCCAAAAGUAUUGAAGGAUGAGAUGUUAAGCACAGAGUAUCUCAUGAGACAUUUAUUCGAUGACGACCAAAAGGAACCCAUUGGUGAAAAGUUUAUGUCUGGCUUCUUUGUUCUCAUUAAGAUAACAGAGAUUGGAAUACAUAGACACUUUCCUUUAAUAGUUUGUGACCCUGAACUAAAUCCAGAACUUAACGUUCCCAGAAGUUCAAACACUUGCUGUUUAAUGUAUGUUGACCAUAUAACAUUACAAGACCUCAUAAAAUAUCAAGGUGUCAAAUGUGAAGUGUUGCAAGGAUACUAUUACGAUGGAAACAGAGAUAUUAGAAUAAGAGAUGAAGUAAAGAAGUUGUUUGAGUUAAGGUUAAAGUAUAAGAAAGAAGGAAAUCCUUUGCAAGAAAAUAUAAAGCUCAUUCUGAACAGUAUUUAUGGCAAAACUAUUCUAUCUCCUAUUGAGUCAAAAAUAACCAUAGUAAAUGACAAAGAUGCUAUAAGAUAUGCCAUCAGAAACUACAACCAUAUAGUGAAGUUCGAAGGUUUGGAUGGUUCAGAUAAAACUAUUUUCAAGCUAACGAAAAGCA